CGUGGCCUAAGCGUGUGAAAAGUCCCAGGCGACGUGGCUCAGUGCCCCCCUCAUGAGUGAGGGGGUGACAGAGGAGAGACAGCAAUCAGGGUUUUGCCGCACAAAUUACGCGUGGAGGCUUAAUUCUAUAUAUUGUUAACCUGUUUGAUACUAAUCACUGCAAGGGGAGAAGAACAUGGCAAGGGAGGAAUUGAUGCAGGUUUUGGGAAAGUCUUCAGAAGAACUGUUGUCUCAGAUCCGGUGCAAUUAAUUUCUCAUUGAAUGGGAGCAGUGUGUGAGGAUAUGUUUUACCGAGCCCGAUUACCAGUUAAUUAUGACCCCACGACCCCACAAGACUGUUAAAGAUCAGAGCACUGUGCUAAUGGACCCCGAUCCUCCAUUCCUCAAAACAUACGAGGCUCUCUUCGACAGCCAACCAGAGCCGUCCGAUACUAAUCAAGCGAAGGAAGUCGAGGAGUGUGAGCUGCCCCUCAUCGAUCUCGGCCGUCUAAAUCGCGAGUCCAAAGCGGAGCAGUGCAAGCGAGACAUCAUGGUUGCUGCCUCCGAAUGGGGCUUCUUUCAGGUGGUGAACCACGGCGUCUCAAGUGGUCUCCUGGACAGGCUACGCGAGCUACAGGUUAACGUGUUCCGGGCUCCCUUCGUGAAGAAGGCCAGCGAGAAGCUGCUGGAUUUGUCACCCGAGAACUACCGCUGGGGGAGUCCGAGGCCCACCUCCCUCAGCCAAUUGUCAUGGUCCGAGGCGUAUCAUGUCCCCCUCACGCCGGCCAACGGUCUCACCAAAACCAUCACCACCAGGCACAUAAUGGAGGAGUUCUCAACGGCAAUGUCGUGGUUGGCACAUAUACUAGCGGGGAUCUUAGCUGAAGGAGUGGGUCAUGAUGGCACGUAUAUACCGGAGAAUUGUAGGUGCAAUACUAGUUAUCUACGGCUGAAUCGCUAUCCUCCGUGCCCAGUAAAAAAUCGAGUUUUCGGAUUGGUCCCUCACACGGAUAGCAGUUUCUUGACCAUAGUUCGCCAAGAUCAAGUAGGUGGGCUGCAAUUGAUGAAGGAUGGGAGAUGGAUCACUGUUAAACCCAGUCUUGAUGCAUUAAUUGUCAACAUUGGUGACUUGUUCCAGGCAUGGAGCAAUGGAGUGUACAAGAGUGUGGAGCAUAGAGUUUUGUCCAACCCUCAUCAGGAGAGGUUCUCAGUGGCAUACUUCCUAUGUCCCUCCCAUGACACUGUGAUACAGAGCCAUGCAGAGCCUGCGAUCUAUAGAAAGUUUAGCUUCGGGGAGUACAGACAGCGGGUCCAAGAGGAUGUUAAAGAGACAGGUCGCAAAAUUGGGCUUGCAAGAUUCCUUGUUCAAAGCACAUGACUAAAGAAGGGCUAGUAAUCAUCAGAAGAUAAAAUGGCAGGAGUUUCUUCUUCUUUCUUUCAGAGCUCUCACUUCUUGCAAGUUCUCCUAUUUCCUAUUUUUCGGCCAAAAGGCUAGAUUUUAAUAUUUCGCACAGAAAUAGAAGCCUUCGUGGAGGCAGCAUAUAUUGCAAUCAAAACAGGUUUACAGCAUCUGAGAUGACAUAUUAAGAAUUACGGAAAGCAAAUAAAAGAUAUUAAAGUGGCUGUUAAUCUCCAAUUCAAGCGAUUUAGCUUGGCAAAAUAAGUCAAGCGUUUGGUUUGCUCA